AUGAAAACUCCCGAGUCGUCGACCUCUGACGUAACCCGCUUUGUUUGUGCAGAGAGGAAGAUAUCAUCUGACCUCUCCACAGAGUUGACGCUCCAGUGGGACCCGUGGAAGAUCAAGAAGAAGCUAACGGAAAGCGACCUCAAUUACUCGUCGCGGCUCCUGCUUCUGUGGGACUGCGUGAAGACUCACGUGUUCCAAUGGAUGGGAAAGGAGAUGGUGGACCAGUUCGAGAGAGAGGAGGGGAUGGAGGUCAUUAGGAGGGACGCGGACACAGGUGGCGAGCACUGGCUUGUGUUCCACCGCUGGAAGUCGGCGGGGUCUUACGUGCUGAACUAUGGCUGGACCAAGCAGUUCGUCUAA